ACAUACCUUGAAAAGGCGCGAAUUCUGCUGCUCAACCGCUCAAUUACCCUCCAAAAUUCGGUCGGACGAGCGUUCACAAUCCCAUUUCCCAGACCAAAACCCCAACAAAAAUGGCGGAUUUCAUAGAACAGCUCGAAGAAAUCAAAACCCUUUUGUCCUCCAACGCCAAAGCAAACAGGCCAUUCGCUUACUCCUCCCUUCUACACCUCCAAGAACAGUCCAGUUCCAGCGCCGAUCCUUCUCUGAUCCACUCGCUGGCAAAUGCUUCUCGCUCCCUCCUCUCUUCAAUCCUAGCCGAUGUUUCAGACGACGAUGAAGAAAUUGCUGCACAGGCUUUGAAGUGUUUGGGUUUCACGAUUUACCAUCCGACCCUUGUAGCCGCAAUUUCAGCUGCUGAUGCUUAUCGCAUUCUAGCUUCAUUGGCUGAAGUCAUCAUAACCACAAAGAUGAAGUCUGUCUGUAAUUUAGGAGCUUGGUGUAUAUCAAUCCAGCAACUUGAUGCGGUAUAUUUAUCUGCAAAUUUGCACUCCUUAUUGAGGGCAGUUGUCCAUGCCAUUGACAAUCCUUCAGGUUCCAUGUCUACGUCAUUUGAGGCUAUCCAGGCAUUGAUGAAGUUAGCAACUCAGUUAAAUGAAAACAUGAAGGAAACAUCAAAUAUAUGGGCUCCUACAUUAUACAGGAGACUCAUCAGCAAUGACAAAAGGUUGAGAGAUAUGUCAGAAAGAUGUUUGCUGAAGAUUAAGUCUAUAAUAUGCCCUCCACCAUUAAACCUCUCCAAGGCUCUUGCCAUAGACAUUAAGAAGAAACUUCUUCCUGGGAUAAGGGAACUGCUAAACUGUGGCUUGAAGAUUCAGGCCAUUAAAGCAUGGGGAUGGUUAAUUUGCCUAUUAGGGCCUUAUGCCAUGAAGAAUCGGCAUUUGAUCAAUGAGAUGCUAAAAGUUCCAGAGCAGACCUUUUCUGAUGCAGACCCACAAGUACAGAUUGCUACAUUGGUUGCCUGGGAAGGUUUGAUUGACACCCUCAUUCAACCUCCAGAAGGAGCUUCUGAGAUAAAUAUGAUGGCUGAGCAUAGUCUUGAGCAUGGCGGAAUACGUGAAGGGAAAACUAGUGGAAUAGAAAGGGAAGGAUUUUCUAAGAGUGUAAAGCUCAUAAUGACACCUAUAUUAGGAAUCAUGUCAAGUAAAUGUGAGAUAUCAGUUCACUCGUCCUGCCUUAACACAUGGUGUUAUCUGCUGCACAAACUUGAUACCUCUAUCAACUGCUCUUCAGUGAUAAGAACUGUUUGGGAGCCGAUCUUUGAGACAGUGUUCUGUGUUAAACCUGAUAGUAAGAGCAUUGGGUUAUGGAUUAUCUGCCUAGAUCUGCUUGAUGAAUUUAUUUUGACAAGAAAUAGAGAUGUUAAUGAUGACUUGAAUAACCCAGAAAACCGCCAACUAUUAGCUAAACCCCCUACUAUUGGACCUCCAAUAUCUGGUGAAUGGCUAUGGAAGCAUUAUCCAGUUAAAUGGUGGCCGUGGGAUUUGAAUAAGUUGGCCUUCUGCAUCAAGAUGAUUCGUGUUCUUCUCAGUCAAGGAUCAAUGGUGACUGUCCCAGCAGAAGAAAAGAGUUUGGCAUGCAAUGCCGCCUUUAGGGUAUUCAGAUCUGUCCUGAAGGGAGUCAGUGGUGUAUUUAAAAAUUCAUCCACUACUUAUGAUGAGGUUAUGUGUUGUUUCAAUGGAAUUUUAGGUUUAGUAAAGGGGAUAUAUGCCAACAUAAAUCCAGAACAUAAUGGCACCAAUGACUUACUUUGUACUUGCCUUGAGUUUGUAGAGGUUAUGAUUCAGGAGUUAGAGCCUUCUAUCCUUGAAUCUCCUCUUUAUAAGGUACCAUUAGACCUCAACUAUAUUGAGCAUUUGCAGGCAGUUAAUGAGUCUAAUCUUGCAGAUUUAUUUGCAGUCCGCUCUAUAGCUUACCUGGAUAUGGUUUCACCCAUUGAAUAUUUAACUAUACUUGCUUUUUGUGGGUUGUUCAAUUCAAGUUUGGAUGCACCCGGGUCAGAGUUCAUACUGCAAGGUGCCUGCAGAGUUUUCAAGCUCGUAUUGUCUUCGUUCGAUCCCUCUGAAAUUCUCCAUGAUAUUAUUAGUUUAUUGUACAAACAUGUGGGAUUUGAUUACUUAAAGGUGUGGAUGGUAAUAGGAAAUAGUCUAAAAGACUACAUCAUUGAAGUGAAGGACAUUUCGUUUUUGAUGCAUGGGUCUGAUAGCCCUAAUUUUUUGGGAGUCUGCAAUCUCUUUUCCUAUCCAUUUGUUGCAUGUUUGUAUCUGCAAAAACGAUUGACAAUGGUGCAAGAUAGCCUGCUGCAGGAGUCAUGUAGCAUUUCAUUACAAUCUCAAAGAAAACUUGACCUUGAGCUUGAACAUGUUAUUGAAGUCUGGAAAUCACUCUAUGUUUGUUUUCAUGGUGCCUCAUAUUCUGAGAAUUCCACCUCAACUGGUUUUAAUGAUGAUCUUUUGUUAACAUUGAAUGGGUGCUUAGAUAAAGUAAUAGAAAUGCUUGAGCGUGGCCCUGAACUUAAUCCAAGAAACACUCCUUGUUACCCAGUUCUCCUCUUAAGUGGAAAUGUUGCAAUAUGCAUUCUGGAAGAUAUGAUUUCAGCAAUCAGUUCUAGAGGAAGCAUAGAAAGAGAUGAUGUUGACCGCAAGCAAUCCAGUGGCAUCAGUAACAGCUUGGAAUUCAUUGCAAGAUUCAUGACCCUGUCAUGGAUAAUACCAGAAACAAACCCGCCAACCAGUCUUGCUGUAAUCUCAAGGGUUUUCUCAGUGUUGGUGCACCUUAUAGGCUGCCUUCACUUGAAGAAAGAUAUCCUUGCCUUCUUCCAGAUAAUAUCAAGUCCAUUACUACAUUGGCUGUCAAGUGCGGAGCUGCCACGUGAGGACACAAAUCAACUCCAACUACUAUGGACUGAAACCCUUAACUGUUUGCAGAGUAGUCGCUCACUGAUAACCUUCGAUUCCUCCUUCCUUAAACUUCAAGCACCUCUCCUUGAAAGAACACUCAACCAUCCUAAUCCUUCCAUUUCUGAGCCUACAAUCACCUAUUGGAAUUCCACAUAUGCUGUGCAGACCAAGUUGGAUUACCCUCAAACCUUACUUCCUGUACUAGACAAGCUUUCUCGGAAUGGAAGAAUAAACCUUUGCAAGAGAAGCAGUCUCGAUGCAGCAAAAUGUAAUCCUUUAAUGACUGCUUCACUUAGACACAGAGUGUCUGCAACACAUAACAUGAGCUCGAAAAGAGUAGAACUGGUGGAAGACAAAGCGAUUAAGCACAACAAGAAGCAGUCCUCUUAUCUGAAGAGGAGAAGGCAAGAGCUAACUGAGCAUCAAAAGGACGUGAGACGAGCACAGCAAGGAAGAGACAGGGAUUGCAACGGACAUGGCCCUGGUAUCCGAACUUACACCACUGUCGAUUUCUCUCAGGGGUACGAGGAGUCGCAAAAUAGUCAGGAAACUCAGGAUCCAUGAACCAUCUUGGAGACUCGAAUUCUGAGUGUUAUAGUAAUAUUUAAGGCUUGGUUUGGCAUUUAAUUAUCACUUUAAUCUUAUGCUCUUCCUGCCCUUGUUUCAUAAUCUUGUGUCGAAUGGAUGUGUUCUAGUUUACACAUUUCUGUCUUUGUAUAGAGAUGUUGGAUGUGCUUCAUACAUGUGUAGAUAUGUGUUACAGUGAUAUAGAUCAGUCUCCAUUGUGCAUCCUCCUACAUCUUUCAAAUGAAAUUCCCUUGUACAUUUCUCGGCCACUGAAUGCCUUUCGGUAUC